GUUGUCGUAGACACCGGUCCGCACCGCUAGGGACUAAAAUCGCCAAACGUCCGGCCAGGUUAUUAAUCGGUGUUUAUUCACCAGAGAAAGGACAUGUCUUAAAAUAAACGGGAAAAGGAAACAAACGUGCGAUUUCUGUUGGUCUGAAGCUUUAACCGGAGUAAAGAUGCUGACGGACGUGAUAGUAGAAGAGGGAUUUGCCCACAAUGAAGAGGAGCUGUGGUACAGCAGGAAGGAUUUGGAGCACGAUCUCCAUUUGGCCGCUGAGCUGGGUAAGACACUGUUGGAUAGGAACCAUGAACUGGAGCAAGGCCUUCAGCAGAUGUACUCUACCAAUCAGGAACAGCUGCAGGAAAUUGAGUAUCUGACCAAGCAGGUGGACCUCCUUCGGCAGAUGAAUGACCAACAUGUCAAGGUUUAUGAGCAGCUGGAUCUUGCAGCACGAGACCUAGAGAAAAGCAACCAAAGGCUGGUGCAGGAGAACCGCACUGCCCAGCGCAGAAUCCAGAGUCUCACUGAGACAAUAGAUGGGUUGCAGACUCAAAUGGAGAACCUACAGAAGCAGGUGGGUGAGCUAAAGACGUCCCAAUCCAGGAGAGAUUUUGCAAACGCUCGCCGCAGCCUUGUUGCCCAGAGCAUGUCCUGCCUAAAGGAAAUAUAUGAUCUCCAACAAGAUAACUCUGAGAGUCUUCGUGAGGAAAGGUCCUGGCCCACACUGGUUGACAGAGGAUUAGAAGAGGACACCUCCACCCUGCAACACACCCUUAAAGCAUUGAAGGCACAGCUGGCAGCGGAGCGUGCCCGGCGCGUUGAGGCUGAGCAGGAGAUGGAGCUGACGGUGCAAGAGAAUAGCGUUCUGGAGAAGCGCUUGAACCUUCAAGAGGCCGCACGCUGUCGACAGGCAGAGCUAGAGGCCGAGGUGGAGGAGCUACGCCAGCUGUGGCGCUCUGAGUCGUCAAGACCAACAGACACUCUGCUACCCGAUACAGUUUUCUUUGCCCUAGAGGAAAGGGUGGGGGUGGGGCAAGAGGAAGAGGAGGAGUCCUCAGAGUUUUCUCAGGGCAGACGACGCUGCAGCAGCGAGAGCUACGUCCGAGGAGCGCGGGCUAACGAUAUCCGCCGCGGACACGAGCGCACGUGUAUACGCCGAGCCCAAGCAGUGAAGCAGCGUGGGAUCUCGUUGCUAAAUGAGGUGGAUGCCCAGUACAGUGCACUGCAGGUGAAAUAUGACGAACUGCUACGCCGCUGCCAGCAAGGGGCAGAAAGCCUCAGCCACAAAGCCGUACAAACGCCCACCGUUGACACGCCACGUCGCAGGAGUCUCUUAACAGUCGCAACGACCACAACAGAGACCAUCUGCCCUGCAGAUGAGCUUCAUCAGCCAGAAUACAAAGCCCUGUUUAAAGAGAUCUUCACCUGCAUUCAGAAAACCAAAGAUGACCUUAGUGAGAACAGAGCUUUGAAUCUAGCACAAUUAGUUUAAAGCUCUGCUGAAUUUGAGAUGGAAGUAUUAAAGGUUCAAAUCUAGGUCUCUAAACUACCAGAUGUAGUUGGAGGAA